UCUGCAGUGCUUUAGGGUUGCCUAUCACACUCAAAUACCAGCUGAUUGUUUGUUAAUGACGUAAAAAAAUGUCCCAACCGUUGAAGCGCCAGGUGCUAAGUGCGUUUAAAAAGCUCCAUCGCACGAGGCAGUAUGUGUUUCAUGGGGAUGACAGGGCCUUAGUGGCUGGGCGGAACAAAAUAAACGAAUCCUUUCAGCAGAACCGCAACGAAACCAGUGAAGAGGAAAUUAAAAAGAUGAUUAAAUUAGCUGAGGAAGUAGACUACGAGCUGCGAACGAAUGUAAUACAGGCUAAACAGAAGGAAGACAACGUCUUCGAGCUUCGCAUUACGCCAGAGACAACUCGCCUGGACAAUGUGCCUUUCAAUCCCGAUGUUGUCAUUGAGGCACCGCGCAGACGGCGAAGUGAUAAAUCUACAGGCUGCUGUGGAGGUGGAGCAGCCAUGGCAGCGCUACAGGCCGAGAUAGACGCUCGCAAUAAAUGAAAAUACGCUUUGUGAUUAUUGGCAAACUAGACUAACUAAAAUUAUAUUUAUGUCUUUUAGCAA